AUGUCGUUCUCAAGAGAUUCACCUGUGCUUCCCAAGUUGCAAUUCGCGGAUUACUAUGAAGACGGAGACUUCAGGAAAGGAAUUUCCGAGUCUGAUUCUCGCUCCCAGACAGUCAUCUACCGUGUGCCCGACAAAAAGUGGUGGAUAAAAAUCACAGUAGAAGGUGCAAUCCCAUGCUCUUCCUGCGAUAUCAGACCACAGCAUGUUAAGUCAUUCCGCGAAAGAUGUAACAAACUGCAAGACUUCAUCAAGACAAUCGACUUUCAAUCGCUGGCCCUUCUGGAUGAUACUGUGACUGAAAUUAUUUUGAAUGAAGACACGAGAAACGUUGACUUUGCCAAACUGUGUCUCGACCCUAAAGUUUCCAACCCGCCCCCAUCUCUCAUCGGAAAUAUGCGAUACCUUAUUCGCGAGGAUCCUAUGAGAGUGAGAUACCCGCCAGCUACUCAAUUCCCGUCACUCCGACCCAUAAGGAGCGCAGAUUUGAUAAAAGAGGUUCGGAUGACCCCUGGGGUGUUUCGUGUUCGCCACAAAUUUGAGAACAAGCAAUAUGUUCUCAAGGAGGUCAAGGUUCCUGGUUACAUCCCGCAAGAUACCAACAUCAUACUACAAGAGCUGGCAAACCUCGAACAAUUCAAGGGAACGAGAGGUAUAGCUCAGCCUGCUGGCAUUUCAGUGUUUACCAGUCCAUACGCCACCUGCUCGGAAAUCAGGCAGCCGAUGGUCAUCAAUGGUAUUUUGGUGGAAUUCUACCGCGGUGGAACCUUGGCACAUGUCCUGAGAGAACGGUCUUUUGCCCAUUUACCCUGGCAGAACUGGGCUCUCCAAAUCGGCAUUUCGCUGGAUAAUUUUCACCGCGCGGGAAAAACCCACAUGGACCUGAAGACAGCCAAUAUCGUUCUAGGCGAAUGUGGCAAUGCCAUUAUCAUUGAUAUCAGCGGCAUAGGUGGAACAACCCAUGGGUGGCAAGCUCCAGAGACGGCGUAUGAACUAUCACCCUUGGGUCUCCCAUUUGAGGCCCGCCGAUUGAAUGAUUUUUGGGCCUUCGGAAAGGUUGUGCAAGCGAUCGCAUCAAGCAUUGAGGAUUGCCCGUUUAAGAGAACCCUGGAUAGGGUUUCUGGUCAUUUGAUGGAUGAUGUUGCUACUCGGUGGAGUUUGUCUGAAGCACUUCCUCAGUUGAGCAUUUCUGAUUGA